UAUCAAAAAGUACAAUACUGUUCUUUGAGAUUUUUUUUAUAACUAAAUCUCCAUGAACUGUACACAGUUCAUAACUCGAAAACCGUGAAAAAUCGCAUAACAUACAUGACUCACAUACAUGACGUCUACGUCAGAGGUUUAACAUUUUCCUUUAUAUCAACUUGUUAACCCUUAUUUUGCCAAUUGUGAUUUUUGCAUUUGUCAUCCCUUAUACACUCACCCCAUGUUUUCGGUUGUUGUAUCAUUCUCGUCAUGCAAUUUCAAUACUGCAGUUGUAAAAGAAGCGAUUUUAUUUCCCUUUCCAACUAUUGUUUUUGAGUCAUUAGUUUGUAGGCAUGUUAUACCUAUUUGAGUUUUUUCUGUUUAUUAUGAUCACAAAUUUAGGUAUUGAAUGAUUUUUACGGGCAAGAAAUUUGUUGUUUUCAAAAUGUUCCUUGUUGUGUAUAUACGUUCAAAAAGUAUUCAUUUUUGAUAAAAUAAUUUAUGCGUAUCUGACGAAAUCCCUAGAAAAAAAAAAAGAUCUACGCCCUUGCAAAAUGAACCCCAUUAAGGAGAGUAGACGAAUGUUCAACGAUUUCUGAACAAAGUUACUUCGAAAAAUGGAGGCCUCUGAUUGGUCCACCCUAUACAAUGAGAGCAAUUAACUUCUACCUGACUCUUAAACACCGGGUAUAAAUACAAUUGUCCCAUUCCGUAAAGUCAAGUGUAAGUGAGUAGGUACUAUUGUGAAAGUUUAUCAGCCAAAAUGCAGAGAUCUACGCUAAAAGCGGUUGUCAAUCGCUCUACAAAUCAGAGAUCAAGGUCGAGAUUCGAUGACUCAUAUCUCAAUGCAGUAUUAAGACAUAAUUCAGUAGCAAAUAUUGAAUUUUCGGAAUCCUCAGAGGAAAAGAGUUUCCAGAAGAUGUAUGGUUUCGAUAUUUCGUUAAAACCGGGACCUAACAACAUUAUGAUCGAUAGACUCUAUAACCGUAGAAAAUCGAUUGAAACUACGAAUAAGUGGUCAGAAUCAGAUUUUGAGGACAUUAAUAUGUAUCCUAUAAAAAAUUUUUUCCUGGACCAAGAACCUGAAAACGAUAGACAUUUGCUACCUGUUCGACAAGAAGAGAAACAUGAAUUCAACAAUGAUCUUAAUGGUCACCAUUCAGAGAUUGAUCAUGAAGAAUACCAUCAUUGCGAACCUGUGAUACCUGACAAUAUUGUUUGGCCAGGUCAAAAAAUCGAGCCAAUUCCAGUGAACAACCUAUUUCGAGAAGGAUCCACCGUAUACAACGUUACUGUUGUGUCCAUUGAGGAUCCGUCGAAAUUUUGGAUUGCAAUAAACUACCCUGAAUUGGAGGAAUCCUCAAAAGAGAUGAAGAAAUUCUACAGGGAAAAUACAGCUGCAUAUGUCAUUCCCGUUAAUUUAUUAAUUAAAAACUUGUACUGUGUAGCUGAAUUGGAUGGAGUUUACUUUCGAGCAGUCAUAGUCGAUUGUAGAAAAGUUGCCAAAAAAGUAAAACUUUUCUUCAUUGAUUUUGGGAUAGCACGAAAAGUAGACUGUGGGAAGAUUUUCUUUAUGAGGCAGUGUUAUAGUGAACUCCCAGCUCAAGCUAUCAGAACAAGACUUUCUGAUGUUGAGCCUCCAUACGAAGCUAUGCAGUGGUCAGAUGAAGCAUGCCGAAAUUUCAUCAAUUUAGCAUUGCUUCAGGAUUUCAAGGUGGAGAUCGAUGAAAUCGACAGAUUCCAAAACGUCAUCAAUGUAAGAUUGAUUAAUCAUCACGACGUACCAAUGAAGAUGAUUCUGGUCAAUGAUGGACAUGCGAUUUACAAAAGAAUGACGCAACCGAAUUCGAGAAUAAAAGUAAGCUGGUUUCAUCAUUUCCCAACAUUCCAAGAGUUGGAAAGUUGCAGUGUUCUAUGGCGCUUUGAAAGUCAUAAUUUUGAGAGCUCAGGGUUGACCACAGAUUAUUUGUAUCCGCAAUAUUUCGAGAGGAAAAAGACCACAAAGCUUCUCAAUAAAAUUGAGGAGAUGAACAAGCUAGCGUAUGGGGAUUUUAAUGUUCCUAGCACGCCUACAAAAAUUGAAGAAAGUAUAAAGCGUUCGGUUAAGGAGGAAGAACAGGAAAAAUUCACGGAGGAAUUCCUUCGAAGAAUGAAAAUUCAUUCGGAGAAUGAACAUUGAGAAGAUUUGAAUGUGAAAUUCUGUCAGAGAAUGAUUCAAUCAAGAAUGAAAAUAUGUUUUGCAUCCUCGAACUGAGUCUCACACAAGCAUAAUAUAUCAUCUUGAUUAUCGAAAUUUAUUCGUUUUCCUCAACAUAACACGUCAUAUGAUGAAAUAAAAAAAAUGUUGAAAAACAUAUACAUAUCUUUUUUUUUAUAUAUUUCAUCCAAGAAAUGAUUGUUCUUUGAUGAAAUAUUGUUGUACGAUGUUAUUUCCCACGAAAUGUAUUUUUGUUCUAUAUAAUGUAUCUGCAUCAUUUAACGUGUUAUAGUGUUAUAUUUCAGUUCUGGCUAUGACAGGUCUUAUUAUGUAGGAAAUAUUUGAUGUAAUUCCUUAAUUUUCUAAACGUUUUCGGAUAUGUCUCAGUACAUGACAGUAGUAUAAAAGUUUCUCGUCAUUGUAGUCAUCAUGAUGACAAUAUUUAGUCGAAAAACUAUACUACUGAAGAAGGAGAUCUCCGAAACUUUUAGAAAAUGAAGGACUUAUACCAAAUGUUUCCUAUUUGAUAAGACCUCUCAUAUCCUACCACCUCGUUUUUAAUUUAUUCUGUAUUUAUAACUAUAUAUUUUUUAUUUAAG